AAAGAGAAGUCAGAGAGACGACUAUUCUUACUUCCUUUUGGAAUUUUUUUAUUUGUUGUUUAUCGAAAGAGAAGAAGACCAUUGUUGAAGAUAUCUCGCCGGCCUUGUGACGUGCUUUUUAGGUUAGUUUUUUUUCAGCAAUCUCUCUCUCGUUGAAUUUCUUCGAAUUGCAGAAGAUUUAUCCAAUCUUAUUUCGAGUAUAUUCAAACCUUAAUUUCAACGCUAAUGAAAAGUAUAAGAGGAAGAAGACAGAAGACAUGCUUACUCGCUGCGACGCGGUAGUAGAGGCGGUUUCCGGCGCCGGGAAUGUAACCAGUGCGGUGAUCGGGAGAUUCUGGUUUAUUUUUGUUUGUUGUUGCUGAAUUGGGUGUACCGUACCGGUUUAAUUCUGAACCGGUGGAAAUUCCGGUUUAGUCCAAGGAAAAUUUUGGAUAAACUAUGGUUUGUUGGGAAUUUAGUCAUCCGAUCUAUAGUUCUCUUUCGCUCCUUCUGGAUUGAUCAGAGUUUAGUUGAUUUGCUUGAAGAAGAUGAAGUUAUGAUUGAAGAUGAGCUCCGACCGUCGCAGAGGUGAAAUGCUGCUGCCCAAACUAAUUACUAUUGGGCCAUUUUUAGGCCCAUCAAAAUAGGACUGUCAAUAUGUAAUUUUCACAAAGUAAAAAACAAUCCUUUUAUGUCUUUUGGAAGUGAGAUUUAAAUUGGGUAUGUAAUUUUUCAGCGUAACAAAAACGACAAAAAAAAAAUAAUCAUGUUAUUUU